AUGGCUACAUAUAUGCGAAAGUUUCCCAUUUGUAACAAAAUUCCCGAAACGUUAAAAUUAAACAUUAAAUUCAUUCAUGUGUUCAACGAAUACAACCCAAACACUCAGAUAUACAACGGAUAUAACGCUCUGAUUAUUACAAACGAUGAUAAGGUAUACGGUUUGGGAGACAAUUUCUGGGGGUCUCUCGGGUUAGGCCAUAAUAAGUCUAUCCAAUCGCCGCAACUCAUACCCGAGUUAUGUCAUCAGGUGAACCAGGUGUUCAGUUUUGGGGACAAUUUUUACGGACAAUUGGGUAGAGAUAUUGUGAAAGAUGACUAUUUUAUGAAACCUGAAAAUAUGACGUUUUUCAAUGACCUGGAUAUCACUGAUAUUAGCUGUGGAUUUGCUCAUACAUUAGCCCUCACCGCCAACGGACAUGUUAUAAUCUGGGUCAUGAGAUACACCCAAACGUAUUGA